AUGACUACGAAGUGGACGUCGGUCUUCUAUACCACCUUUAUCAACGAUACACGCUUCGAGAUUCUUAAACGCUACGAUCGACUGAGAAUGAUCGGCUCCGGCGCCCAGGGUGUAGUUUGUGCCUCAUACGACAGACUACUAGAACGUGAUGUUGCCAUCAAGAAGCUUUCAAGACCAUUCCAAAAUGUGACACAUGCCAAGCGAGCAUUUCGCGAGUUUAAAAUAAUGCAAAUAGUGAACCACAAAAACAUUAUCGGCUUGCUAGAUGCUUUCACUCCGCAAAAGACACUUGAAGAGUUCCAAGACGUCUAUUUGGUUAUGGAACUGAUGGACGCCAACUUAUGCCAAGUUAUUCAAAUGGAUAUCGACCACGAACGCAUGUCAUAUCUUCUGUACCAACUUCUUUGUGGAAUUAAGCACCUCCAUUCGGCUGGAAUCAUUCACAGGGAUUUGAAGCCAUCAAAUAUUGUCGUCAAGAGCGAUUGCUCACUGAAGAUUCUUGAUUUUGGCCUGGCACGGCCUUCCGGAGCUGCACUCAUGAUGACUCCAUACGUAGUAACGCGAUACUACCGUGCUCCUGAAGUCAUUCUCGGCAUGGGCUAUCAGGAAAAUGUCGACAUAUGGUCGGUGGGCUGCAUCAUGGGAGAAAUUAUUCGAGGCCGAGUUCUUUUUCCAGGCAACGACCACAUCGAUCAGUGGAACCGAAUCGUUGAACAGCUGGGCACACCUACGCAAGAGUUUAUGACACGUCUUCAGUCGACAGUGCGCAACUAUGUGGAAAACCGGCCUCGCCACGCAGGAUACUCAUUUGAAAUUCUCUUUCCUGACGUUCUGUUUCCAAACGUCUCAUCAGUUCAGAUGGACCUAAAUGCUGGCCAGGCUCGUGAUCUUUUAUCCAAAAUGCUUGUGAUUGAUCCAGAGAGGCGCAUUUCCGUAGAGGGCGCACUGAAUCAUCCGUAUAUUCGUUUGUGGCGUGAAGAGUCAGAAGUCAAUGCGCCCGCACCAAAUUCGUACGAUGAAUCUUUUGAGCAGCAAGAUCGAACCGUCGAUCAGUGGAAGGAUUUAAUUUACAGUGAAGUCAAAAACUACGAGACAAUUAAUAGGAAUCAACUAGAUGCUCUCAUCAGGACGAUUCGAGACGAAAGCACCGAAUAA